UUGGCACACCCAUGAAGCAAAGGCCACGUUAGCCACACCCAACUCCUCCGCUGAAAACUGACUUCUCUCCGAUUCGUGCCAGUCACCUCCGCGCCAUAUCGCUCCUCCUCCGAAGACUCUCUCUCAGGUCGACGGAGCCGUGACCCCCCGCUCCAGAGGCGUAUUCCGGACUCUCCUCCAUCCAUCGAUCUCAAACUCCAUCACUCUACCCUCUCUCUCUCUCCUCCCCCCUAUUUCCAAUUCCGCCAUGAUUACGCAGCAAAGAAGUUUAUCGGGGUCGUCGCAGAGCCCUAGAUCUCCGUCUGCUCAACUGUUCCUAUCAGUCUCUGUUACUGAUCCUGCUAAGAUGGGGACCGGCGUUCAAGCUUAUAUCUCCUACAAAGUCAUCACCAAGACAAAUUUACCUGAAUACCAAGGGCCAGAGAAGAUUGUUAUUCGCCGUUAUAGUGAUUUUGUUUGGUUACGUGAUCGUCUUUUUGAGAGAUACAGGGGUAUUUUCAUCCCUCCUCUUCCAGAGAAGAAUACUGUAGAGAAGUUUAGAUUCAGUGCUGAAUUUAUUGAGAUGAGGCGUCAAGCAUUGGAUAUAUUUGUUAACCGGAUUGCUUCACAUCAUGAACUUCAGCAAAGUGAGGAUCUGAGAACAUUUUUGCAAGCAGACGAGCAGACAAUGGAGAGGGCCAGAUCGCAAGAGACUGGUAUUUUUAAGCAGAAGCCAAUGGAUUUUAUGCAAAUCUUCAAGGAUGUACAGUCUAAAGUGAGUGACGUAGUACUUGGAAAGGAAAAACCAGUUGAAGAAGUCAAUCCUGAGUAUGAGAAACUGAAAAAUUACAUCUUUGAGCUUGAAGAUCACUUAGCUGAAGCCCAGAAGCAUGCAUAUCGUCUGGUAAAGAGGCACAGAGAACUGGGGCAAUCCCUGUCAGAUUUUGGAAAGGCAGUAAACCUUCUCGGUGCUUGUGAAGGAAAUGCUCUUGGCAAGGUAUUUUCUGAGCUAGGUGCAAAAUCAGAGAUUUUGUCGAUUAAGUUGCAAAAGGAGGCCCACCACCUGUUAAUGAAUUUUGAAGAGCCAUUGAAGGAUUAUGUUCGUGCUGUGCAAUCUAUAAAGGCCACUAUAGCUGAGAGAGCCAAUGCUUUUAGGCAGCAGUGUGAACUGGCUGAAACCAUCAAGCUGAAGGAAAUAGAUCUAGACAGACACAGGGCUACCCAAUCAGAAAAACUGCCAGAAGCUGAGCGUGAUUAUGAAGUGCUGAAGGCAGAUAGUGAGGAAGCAACUAGAAGAUUUGAGACAAUUGUGAAGCUAAUGAAUGAGGAAAUUGUGCGGUUCCAAGAACAGAAAACAAUAGAUAUCGGAAUCGCUUUUCAUGAAUUCGCAAAAGGACAGGCACGUUUGGCAAAUGGUAUAGCUGAGGCCUGGAGAAGUCUCCUUCCCAAACUCGACGCUUGCUCUUCUUCGUGAAAACAUAAAACCCCGCUACCAGACUGAAACAACAUUAUGAAGUUACUUCUGUUUUCUCAGUGUUGUAUGAAACUCUGGUACUUUUCUUUUUCCGUCACUUGCAGAAAUUCACAGCAAAGUAAAAAACUGAGUUCUGAAUCCUUGGGACACUGUUAACGUAACAAAAUUCGUGUAUCUUAGACUUGAAAAUCCAUUUUGCAUAGAUGGUUUUUGCCUUU